AUGUCUCGCAAUUUAUUCAUUCGUAUUGUUGAUCACAUGAAAGGCCAUGAUAACUACUUUGUACAACGAAGGGAUGGGCUCGACAGGCUCGGAUUGUCUGCUUUUCAAAAAAUAACAGCGGUAUUCCGGAUGUUGGCAUAUGGUCUACCGGCAAAUGCUACUGAUGAGUAUAUUAAAAUAGGCGAGUCUACAACCAUUGAAAGUUUGAAGAGAUUUUGUCAUGCUAUUGUUGAGGUAUUUUCCGAACGAUAUCUAAGAUCACCUAAUGCUAAUGAUGUUGCAAGGCUACUUCAUAUUGGUGAACAACGUGGUUUUCUAAGAAUGUUGGGUAGUUUAGAUUGUAUGCACUGGAAGUGGAAAAAUUGUCCAACAGCUUGGGCAGGACAAUAUGUUGGUCGUAGUGGAUCCCCAACUAUUAUUCUCAAGGCUGUAGCUGAUUAUGAUCUUUGGAUAUGGCAUGCAUUUUUUGGUUUGCCAGGUUCCAACAAUGACAUUAAUGUGUUGGAGGCAUCUCAUUUGUUUGCCAACCUAACUCAAGGUAUUGCUCCUCCCGCUCAUUAUAGCAUUCAAGGAAAAGAUUAUAAUAUGGGUUAUUAUUUAGCUGAUGGUAAUACCCAAAGUGGUCUACUCUCGUACAACUAUUCACAAUCCACGUGGUCACAAAAAAAGAUAUAUGACUGCGUGUAUAUUAUGCACACCAUGAUAAUCGAGGAUGAUCGUAAUGUUGAUGCAUCGAUUGAGAAUCAAAUGGAAGCGCCAACUCCCGAAGUUGAAAUUGUCAUAGAUGAAAAUGUCCGAUUUCGAAAUUUUCUUACUCGACAUAAACAAAUCAGGGAUACAGAGCUCACUAUGCUCUUCGAAAUGCAUUAUUGA